CUAGAUUAAAUGUAUUACUUAAGCAUAAGUUUUAAUGCUACGUUAGUUAAUUAUCAUAGCUCCCAUGUCUAAGUAUAAGACUUCUGGAUACAAAGGUUCCUAUGACUACAACAAAAGUGAGGAGCGGGAGGGAAGAAGUUGUGUGCGUUACAAAUGUGGCCUGCUCAACACCAUCCAGGAUGUCCUGCGCCUGAGACCAGGUUGGGUUGAAGUCAAAGAUGAAGGAGAGUGGGACUUUAACUGGUGUGAUGUGGGCUGGCUCAGGGAGAAUUUUGAUCAUUCAUACAUGGAGGAACAUGUAAGGAUAAACCACUUUCGCAACCAUUAUGAGUUGACUCGCAAAAACCUCAUGGUGAAAAACCUCAAAAGAUACCGGAAAAAUCUUGAAAGGGAUGUUGGCCGCAUGGAGGCAUCCAAAUGUGAUUUUUUCCCCUGCACCUUUGCACUGCCCAGCGAAUAUCAUCUCUUUGUUGAGGAAUUCAAAAGAAGCCCUGGUAGCACCUGGAUCAUGAAGCCGGUAGCAAAAUCUCAAGGGAAAGGCAUUUUCCUGUUCAGGAAACUGAAAGACAUCAUGGAUUGGAAAAAGGAUGGCACCCGCUCAGAGGAACAGAAGGAUGCAGCUCAAGUGGAAAGCUAUGUGGCUCAACGCUACAUAGAGAACCCCUACCUAAUUAAUGGCAGGAAAUUUGAUCUGAGGGUCUAUGUGCUGGUCACAGCUUAUGUUCCCUUGAAGGCCUGGCUGUAUCGAGAUGGGUUUGGCCGCUUCUCAAGCACCCGCUUCUCCCUUAGCAGUAUUGAUGACAAGUAUAUGCACCUCACCAAUGUGGCUGUUCAAAAAACAGCGCCAGACUAUGACCCUGAAAAGGGAUGUAAAUGGCAGAUGCAACAGCUUCGAAGAUACCUGACUGCAAAACAUGGCAGAGAGACUGUAGAAUCCCUGUUUACAGAGAUGGAUAACAUCUUUGUCCGCAGUCUGCAGAGUGUACAAAAGGUCAUCAUAAAUGACAAACACUGCUUUGAGCUCUAUGGGUAUGACAUCCUACUGGAUCAGAACCUCAAACCGUGGUUAAUUGAGGUGAAUGCCUCCCCGUCACACACCCCCAGUAGUCAAGAGGAUUAUGAGAUGAAGUGCCGGCUCCUGGAAGACACUUUGAAUGUUGUUGAUAUGGAGGGAAGGCUGACUGGCAAGGAGAAAAGGGUGGGUGGCUAUGAUCUCAUGUGGAACGAUGGCCCCGUCUAUAGAGAGGACGUCAACCUAGAAACAUUUGGCAGUUCGUGUUUCACUGCCAACACAAACUUAGGUUGCGUGAAUGACAGGGAGAAGCAGCUUCGCCGGCUUCUCAAACCAUUUCCAGGACAGAAGAGGAUGUAACACAUGUAUCAUUUUUAUGUCCAACCAAUAUCAUACGUG